GUGUAUGUUUUUCUUGCUAGGUCUGUGGGGCACAAGGCUGAUGGAAGAAAACAACACCAGCAGAGAGAGAUACCUGAGAAGUGUUCUGCGGGAGCUGAUUACGUAUGUGAUCUUCCUCGUGGUGCUGUGUGUCUUGACAUAUGGGACAGUGAGUUCCAGCAUGUAUUAUUACACGAGGGUUAUGUCCCAGCUCUUCCUGGAAACACCUGUAUCUAAAAUGGAGAAAACGGACUUCAAAACAUUGUCCACGAUGGACGACUUCUGGAAGUUCACAGAAGGCCCUCUGCUGGAUGGCCUCUACUGGGAUAUGUGGUACAACAAUAAAACCAUAGCAGAAAACAAAAGCUUCAUUUAUUAUGAGAACCUGCUCCUAGGGGUGCCCCGUAUUCGGCAGCUGAAAGUGAGGAAUGGUUCGUGCUCUAUUCCUGAGGAUUUAAAAGAUGAAAUCAAAGACUGUUAUGAUGUCUAUUCUGUGGCCAAUGAAGAUACAGCACCUUUUGGGCUUCGAAACGGAACAGCGUAUGUAGUGCUUCUUUGGACAUACACCAAUGAGAAGGACCUGAAUGGGAGUAGCCACUGGGGCCUGCUGGCCACCUACAGUGGGGCUGGUUAUUACCAAGACCUCUCAAGGACCAGGGAAGUGACAGCUGUGCAGAUUGCCAGCCUUAAGAAGAACCUGUGGUUGGACAGAGGGACAAGAGCAGCUUUCAUUGAUUUCUCAGUCUACAAUGCAAACAUCAACCUAUUCUGCGUUGUAAGGCUGUUAGUGGAAUUUCCAGCUACUGGAGGCCUUCUUACAUCCUGGCAGUUUCAGCCAGUGAAGCUGAUUCACUACAUCUCCACCUUGGAUUUCUUCCUGGCAGCCUGUGAAAUGGUGUUUUGUCUUUUUGUUCUGUACUACAUGGUGGAAGAGAUCUUAGAAAUUCACAUUCACAGGCUGCACUACUUCAGAAGUCUCUGGAAUUGUCUGGAUAUCCUUAUAAUCUUGCUCUCCGUGGUAGCGAUAGGAAUUAGCAUCUACAGGACAUCAACUGUUGAUAUGCUCCUGAAGAAGCUACUAGAAGAUCAGAAUUCAUUCCCCAAUUUUGAACCCUUGGCAUAUUGGCAAAUACAAUUCAACAACAUUGCUGCAGUCACUGUGUUUUUUGUCUGGAUUAAGCUUUUCAAGUUUGUUAACUUCAACAGAACAAUGAGUCAGUUGUCUACAACCAUGUCUCGCUGUGUCAAAGAUGUCAUUGGCUUUGCAAUUAUGUUUUUCAUCAUUUUCUUGGCAUAUGCUCAGUUGGCCUAUCUUGUCUUUGGCACUCAGAUUGAUGACUUCAGCACUUUCCAGGACUGCAUAUUUACUCAGUUCCGCAUCAUUUUGGGAGACUUCAACUUCACAGAGGUUGAAGAAGCUAAUCGCAUUUUGGGACCAAUUUAUUUCACUACAUUUGUGUUCUUUAUGUUCUUCAUCCUUUUGGUAUGUACACCUUUGUUUUCAUGGGGUGGGUAGGUGGCAUGUUGAUUUUAGGUAUCUCAUCGUUUUUUGCAUCUCUUGGUCUUGGAUUCCUAUGGCUACUUAGGGUGAAUAUAAAUCAGGCUUCCUCUACUUGGUCUGCCACUGCGCUCUUUUUACUUCCUUUAAAACAGAUUUGCACUGUAUUUUUGUUGUCACUCUUAUAGUGCUCCAAGUUGUUGUUUCAUUGUUUGUUGGUGGGUUUUUUGUUUUUGU